CAUAUAGGGCAAGUCCUGCCUGGUGUGUUUACUCUGCUCCUUCUGCUCGGAGCUGUGAGGGAGUUCAGAGGAGCAACAGGCGGACUCAAGUCUGGAUAUAUAUUCGUCUAAACUUCUUCGGAGAAUUAAUGAGUGAGAGAGGAGCGCACGUACCGUUUCUAAAUGGAGCUACUUCGGUUUUCCGCUUUUUGGUGGGGGACGAUACUCUUUGCUAGUCUUCUGCUGGAGGAAGCGGAAUCCAGUAUAAUGAAGGUGAAAAGGCUGUGCAAGUUCUGCGACGUACAAACAACCAGCUGCACAGGUAAAGGGAGCUGCGAUGUGGGAUGUGCCAUCACGUCCAUCUGCCCCAAUGAUGAAGACGUGUGCGUCAGUAUUUGGAGGAAGACGGAUGACAAUGUCACCUUUGAUACAAUCUGCCACCGCCCGUCUCAGAAGCUGUACGGCUUGGUCCUGGAGGAUUACAACAACAGCAAGUGUGAGAUGAAAGAGAGAAAGGGCAUGGGCUCACAGUUCUUUAUCUGCUCCUGCUCUGAGGAUGAGUGCAAUGAACACAUCUUCUUUAACUCCAAUGUGGAUUCCCAGGUGGUAGCGGUCAUCUUAGUGAGCCUGGUUCCUCUUCUGGUCAUGGCUGUCAUUGUCAUCACCUCCUUCUACUGCUACCGCGUCUGGCGCCAGCGACAAGCCAGCUCCAGGUGCAAGAAGGGCACCCAUCGGGACUUCAGCGACGCUCACGCCAUCAUGAUAGACGACGAAGGCUCUGACAGCAGCUCCACGCAUGCUAACAACCUCAACCACAACACAGAGCUGCUACCUAUCGAACUGGACGUCCAGGUUGGAAAAGGACGCUUUGCGGAGGUUUACAAAGCCAAGCUGAAGCAGGGGUCCUCUGUGAGCGAGGAGCAGGGCUUCGAGACAGUGGCCGUGAAGAUUUUCCAGUACGAGGAGUACGCCUCCUGGAAGAACGAGAAAGAAAUAUUCUCAGACGCCGACUUGAGGCAUGAAAAUGUGCUUCACUUCCUGACGGCAGAGGAGAGGAAGAUGCAGAGACAGUACUGGUUGAUCACAGCGUACCAUCCAAGAGGAAACCUGCAGGAGUACUUGAUCCACCAUAUUGUUAGCUGGCAUGACCUGUGGCUACUUGGGAGUUCACUUGCGCAAGGAGUGGCGCACCUUCACAGCGACCACACCCCCUGCGGUCGCUACAAAAUACCCAUUGCACACAGGGACAUUAAGAGCUCAAACAUUCUGGUGAAAAGUGACUUGACCUGCUGCUUAUGUGACUUUGGCCUUGCCCUUCGCUUGGACAACACUCUGUCUGUGGAUGAGUUAGCCAACAGUGGGCAGGUUGGUACAGCCAGGUAUAUGGCCCCAGAGGUGUUGGAGUCCAGGAUCAACCUAGAAAACAUUGAGUCUUUCAAACAGGCUGAUGUUUAUUCAAUGGCUCUGGUGCUGUGGGAGAUCAUCUCCAGGUGUAAUGCUAUUGGAGAGGUGAAAGAGUAUGUGCCACCAUUUGGGAACCUGAGGGAACAUCCGUGUGUAGAGAGCAUGAAGGACAGCGUUCUGCGAGACAGGGGACGACCUGAGAUCCCCAACAGCUGGAUCAACCACUCAGGUAUCCAGAUGGUGUGCGCCUCCAUAGAGGAGUGCUGGGACCACGACCCGGAGGCCCGUCUCACAGCCCAGUGUGUUGCCGAGCGCUUCAACGACAUGGAGUACCUGGACAAGCUGUCAGAGCGCUCAGACUCAGAGGAGAAGAUCCCUGAAGAGAUCUUUGUGGUGGAUGAGAAGUAGAGCUUUUACUGAAAUGCCGCCUCCUUUGGGGAAGAGGAGGAAUUACAACCUUGGAACUGGGAGAGAAAGAAAUCCGAGAGGAUGAGGUGUUUCCUUGUGGUUCCUCGAUGUUUUACAGAGGAGCAAACUGGAUCAUAAGUGAGGGAAUAUGACUGAUAACAGACAUGAACUGAUAUGGCUCUGGACAGCCGAGUCAUAAAGAAACAGGAAAUUCACAUUACAAAGCUUUUUUAACCAAAAACUGUUUGCACUUUAUCCAUCUGUCUAUGCACAACAUAUAAUCAAUGCCUUGUUUAUUCUGAUAGUACUUUCAGGUAAAGGAAAUAAAGGGACAGCAUCAGUAAGAGACAUCUGUAAAUAUGAUGCCAAAUAACACUAAUAUCCCCUUUGCAGGAGAGAUGACUGGAUGCUUUAAUGUAUUCAUCGAUACUGUGGCAUAAAUAGAUGUCACCUGGACUGUAUUCAAGGUGCAUUAAUAAUUUCUCAUGGCAUGAAAGGGAAAUAAGCCAGAGCAAAGAAAUAGAACAGCCAUCCAUGGCAGUAAUCUGCAGGGAAAGCUGAUAUCAGAUCUCAAGGACUAUGAAUUGUAAAGUAAAGACAGAAAAACCAGCCUUAAAGGGAAAGGGAACAGAGAUAUAUUCCUUAUGUUUGUGUGUAUGUGAGCGUGUGGGUUUUCAGAGGAAGCUGACCCAAAUCUUUUUGUCGAUUUAAUCAGACAAAAUAAGAGCAAUAAAGAUGUGUAUAGAGGACUUUCAACUGGAGACUCCAGCCUGCUGCCUACAGUGUACUAUGCUAUAAAAGCUGAAAAAAGGACAUUCUGAUCCAUUUGUCAGAAAAUUAUCCAUAUCAUUUUGUAUAAAUGACAUAAUUAAAGUAUUACAGUGCUAACUGUUUCUAUUUUUGAUGUUUAAAUGCUGUUAUAUUGCUUUAUACCAUGACCUUUUGCGCCACUCAUUAUCUUUCCCUGCAGGUUGUUUUGUGACAUGAGCAGCAGUGACGGCUGACUUUACAUUGUGACCUUAUAGAAAUGGAACUAUUCAACAGCCCAAAACUAUGAAUUUCAGCUCUGUUCUGUCCGUGAUAACAUAGUUGGCUCUCAACCACAAUAUUCUCGUGUUGUGUCCCACAGAAAUACUGUACGUAAAGCCCAAAUUUUGAUUUUUUUUUAUUAUGGACUCAGUAAAUUCCCCUCAGUGUGCUUUGACGAUGUCUGUUUCAUCUACAUGUAGAUGUUCAAUGUAAGUCAUCCAAAACAAAAAUUUUACGCAGCUUUUAGUGGCUUAGUUUGAAUCCAGCAGACCUUUUGGUUGAAUCCCUUAAACUCUCACAGAUCCCCAGUCUUUCAAACUGUCGAUCCCAGUUAAUGUGAUAGAAAAUGCAUUCAGAUCC